AUGAGACGAUCCGAAGGCGGAAACACCAAGCCACUGUCAUUUGGCAGAGAAAUAUCGCUACAGGAAGCACACACCGUGGAGGACUUCUAUCCUUCUCGCUUCGAGCCACCUCAAAAUGGAGAAGAUACACCGCAGGCUCUUUUCGAGAAUGAGCACCGAUUUAUCCGCCGUACCAAUCCCCGCGAGAUACUGAUAUACACGGCUGGAACAUGUCCAGGCAAUGGUCACAGUAGCCCUCGAGCCGGCUAUGCCUUCGUCUAUCGCCCAUCCGCAUAUCUAGAAGAUGGCACGCGCACCCAUUUCGGUACGAUAGCGUACCGUUUGGAAGCCCGAGGUCCGUCGUGCCGCAAGAUUCACACGCCGACAAGUAACCGGGCCGAGCUCCGUGCCAUGGUUGCCGCGUUGCAAUUCAGAAAUUGGAGCACCGAUUGUAACGGGGGAUGGAGGACCUUGGUAAUCGCCACCGACUCGGAGUAUGUCGCAAACGGCGUUACGUGUACUGAGUGGAUUAAAGGAUGGGAGGCCGAGAAAUGGACUUUUUGUGACCGGCACACCCAGCCAGAAUCGAGUAUCAAGAAUCAGGACCCAUGGAGGCUUCUCAUCCGCUUGAUUCGUGAUCUGCACGGAAGUGGCUUGCAUGUCUCUUUCUGGCGAAUUCCUAGGGCGUACAAUGAGCGAGCCAACUUGUUCGCUAAGGGAGGUGCGGACGUGGAUGAGGUUCCAGAUUUCAUGAAAAUCCAAUACGCUGGGCCGAAAUCGAGCAUAAUGAUACCAAUCAUGUAUGAUAAACCCUUACUUGGAUUGCGUCGGACUGAAGACAUCACGGGUAUAUCAGUAUAA